AUUUAAUAUAAAAGCGUCGAAUUCUCCAUCCAAAUCAUCACAGUCCUUUCACUUGAAACAUUAAGUGCUUCUAAAAACAAUUCAAAGUUUUUAUUCAAAUUCAUUUGAAAAAUCAAGAUGAAAUACUCCGUUGUUUUCCUUUUGUUCGUCGGUCUCUGCGUCGUUGCCACUUUUGCCAACGAAGAGCCAUCAGUUGAAGAUGUUGGCACAGAAUGCGGAGAGAAUGGUGCACCUUGCACAAAGGACUUAGACUGUUGUAAGGGCAACCGGUGUAAUGACAAAACUCAAAGAUGCGAAAGACGAUGCCGCCGUGAAGGAGACCGAUGCGAACGUGACAGGAACUGCUGCGAAGGAAUGAAAUGCCGCAACAAGAAGUGCGCUCGUCAAGAUUGCGGUAGAGGAGGAGCCAAGUGCGAAAACAACUUGAACUGUUGUCAAGGUUUGGUGUGCAGAAACAAACGUUGCUCCGAGAGAAUGUAAAUUUAAAAAAAAAUGGACAAUCAAACACUGAACGAAUAUCUGGACAGCGAAUAAUACCAAUUCUACUUAAAUGAUAUGUUUUAAUUUUUCUUAAUUAUCACUAUUAUUUCCUUUGUAAAUACCAAAUUUAUUAAAUAAAUAAAAACUAAAAUCAAAAAA